UGUGACGCUAAGAAGAAUUCCCCUGAAUUAUCGUCAUCAGCUACUUUUAUUUAUUUAUUUAUUUUGCUGUGUGUCCAGAGUUUGGUUCCCCCUGACCCAAUGGCUCGGUUCCACCUGAACAGACGUUCCCCAGACGAAGAGUUUCCUGACCUGCGCAGAAACGCCACCCUGAUGGGGCAGAUCCUCACCCCGGCCAUGUACCGCCGACAGUUCCACCGAUGCACCGACAGUGGCGUUAUCUUUGAUGAUGUCAUACGCCCUGGCCUGGAGGAACCAGGUGAGCGCUGUGGCCCGGUGUCCGCCGGGUGUGUGGCGGGCGAUGCUCAGUCCUACAUCCUGUUCUGCGACUUCUUUGACCGGGUCAUUGAAGCGUACCACAAACACAAGGUGGACAGUCAGACGCCCAACAGCGACUUCAACCACUCUAACCUGAAAGGCAGCGAAGACCUGGACAGGUCAUACGUCCUAGGUUGUGAAAUGACAAUUGUUCGUAGCGUGGAGGACUACUGCUUCCCAAUUCACUGCAGUAGAGGAGAGCGCAGGCAGCUCCUUCAACUGGCCAAGAGGGCGCUGCAGCGGUUUGGGGAGGAGGACCUCCCUGGUCAACUACACCUACUGAAGGACCUGGACCAGGAGCAACAGUGCGCUCUGAAGCUGAGUCCACCGUCACAGUUUCAGCUCCGCACCGGCGCAGCUCGUGACUGGCCCGAUGCCAGGGCUGUUUGGUUGAGUGACGACAACAGCCUGGUGGUCUGGAUCAAUAUAGAAGACCACCUUAAACUGGUGACCACACGACACGAUGCUGAUGUGGCUGAGGCUUUUAAAUUCAUCUUUGCUAAACUGCAGAAGUUGGGGGUGAUCUACAGCCAGCUGAGACACCCUUUUAUCUGGAAGCAGCAGCUGGGCUGGCUGAGCAGCUCUCCCACUGAAGUAGGAACUGGUUUUAGGGUUCGAAUCAAACUGAGAUUGAAACUACUACCCACUCAGCGCCGCCUGCAGGACGUCCUGAUUAGACUGCGCCUCCACAUGGUCUCCACAGAGUCGACGGGAGUGUACACAGUGAGCAACGCAGGGACCUUCGGUGAGAGCGAGGUAGCGCUGACUCAGCUGGUGGUGGACGGCGUCAAACUUCUCGUAAACAUGGAAAAGAUACUGGAGAAGAACGGAGACAUCGAUGAGCUCGUACCUUCUCAGAAAUAGAGCUACAUUUGAACUGGCUAUUUGUUUUUAACCUGUCACAACUUUUAGCUGUUCAGCUACGUUUUCCUCUUUUGAAAAAAAUAUUUUUGUCCGCCAUUUUCCAAAUGUUUGAUUACCUGUACUUACACUGUGUUGCUAAGGCUAAUUUUUUCUUUAGAUGUUUGAAGGACAAUUUUAAAUAUUCUGCCUAACUUAGCCUAACAGCUAAGUUUGGCUAACGUUAUUAGUUAUUUUUUAUUAAUUAUUAGAGGCUUUUAAUCACUUCUGAAGAUUUCCGAAUGAAAGUUAUCCCUACGAUUUAGGCAUAGUUUUACGCAGGACCUGUGUACACGAGUUGUUUACAGCGAGUACAGUUAUUAAAGUCGAUGUAACGGUUCUGUGCUGAGACUUAUCCACAAAACAAAAACAAAAAAAACGUAACUCUUUAAUUAUAAUUUUCAGACAUAUGCAAAUAAAGAAAAUUAAGAGUAAAAUAAAUUACAUGUACAUAGAAAUAGACAUUACUAAGUGUUGUAGACGUUUGGCUUUCAAUGUUGUGUACUAAAAAUAAAAGUUAUUUUAAAACGCAACAGAUGACAAAAAAUAUAAACAUCCUUCGCCAGCAGGGGACAGUGUCAUAUCGCUUGCCGUGAUAGAUCAAAUUUACAAAUCACAUACUUUAUAUAUGGGAAAAGACAGGAAUUACAUUUGACAUAUCCACAAAAAAAGAAUCAUUUUAGCAUUCCUUUACAUUAGAGAGUUGAAC